UGUACCUGCUGACCUUCCCUCAUGUUUUAAAAACAAAAAGCGUGUCUGAGGUGCCUCAGCCUGCUGCAGUCCUGGCAGAGCUCUGUUUUCACUCUCCUCCAGAGUCCUAAACCAGCAGCAGAGGGUCAUCUCACUUCACAUCUUCUGCAAUCCAGGUUUGGUUAAACUCUGGUGCUCCAGGAUCAGGAACACAUCAGCCAUGGCACACUGUAAUUUGCGGUCAGCAUCCGCCACCUCUCAUGACGAUGUCAACUUGGGACCUUCAGCAAACCCACACGCCAGACCAACUGACUUUGACUUCUUGGCCGUCAUCGGAAAAGGAACCUUUGGAAAGGUCCUGCUUGCAAAGCUGAAAGCCGACAGCAAGUUCUACGCAGUGAAAGUGCUGCAGAAAAAGAUCAUCCUGAAGAAAAAAGAGCAAAAGAACAUCAUGGCUGAGAGAAACGUCCUCCUGAAGAGCCUGAAACACCCGUUUCUGGUUCGGCUCCACUACUCCUUCCAGACUGCAGAGAAACUCUACUUUGUGCUUGACUAUGUAAACGGAGGAGAGCUCUUCUUCCACCUCCAGAGGGAGAGGUGUUUCUCGGAGCCCAGGGCGAGGUUCUACACAGCUGAAGUUGCAAGUGCUGUUGGCUACCUUCACUCUCUUAACAUUGUCUACAGAGACUUAAAACCAGAGAAUAUUCUUUUGGACUCUCAGGGUCAUGUGGUGCUGACAGAUUUCGGGUUGUGCAAAGAGGGCGUAGAGCCAGAGGGAACAACCUCCACUUUCUGUGGCACACCAGAAUAUUUGGCCCCUGAGAUUCUGCGUAAGGAGCCGUAUGACAGGACAGUAGACUGGUGGUGUCUAGGAGCAGUUCUAUAUGAGAUGAUCUAUAGCCUGCCUCCUUUCUAUAGUCGGGACGUUGGUGAAAUGUAUGACGGGAUCCUCCAAAAGCCGCUGCCACUCCAUCCAGGGAAGUCGGAGGUUGUUUGCUCCCUGCUGAUUGGUCUACUGCAGAAAGACCCACACAGACGCCUUGGGGCCAUUGCUGACUUUUUAGAAAUAAAGAACCAUCCCUUUUUUGCUCCAAUCAACUGGGACGACCUUUAUCAUAAGAGAAUCACUCCUCCUUACAACCCCAAUGUGAGAGGCCCAGCAGAUACCCAGCAUAUUGACCCAGAGUUCACCAGGGAAAUGGUUCCCAGCUCGGUCAGUCGGACCCCUGAGUUUAAUGCCAGUACCAGCUCAAACAACGCUUUCAAUGGUUUCUCCUUCGUCGGCACAGAAGACAGUUUCCUGUGAGACAAAACGUCUCAAAUUGUCAGUGAUAAUAGUGAAAAGUAAAGGUCUAAUAAAAUGAGACUGCUGUCCUUCUGCGUUUUCAUCCCAGAAAUGUAACAGAAUCCCGGAUGGAAUAGCUCAGACAUAUAGAUAUCCAGGAAAUGAAAAUGUUCAAAGUCUGUUGAUAACAAAAUAUAUGUUGUUAAUUUCAUUGGAAGAAACAUAAAGAUCACCUGAGGCUGGAUGUAGAUUAAUGAUAUGAAUUUUUUUUUACAUAUUUAGUUGUUAUGGUAAAAACUAAGGCACAGUGUUUCUUUAGGUACAUCCAAUAGCUCUGAUUGGAUAUAAAGACAAACCUAUUAAUAGAUAGUAUAAAACAAACAAUAUAUGAGGAUCGAAUAAGACAUUAUAUUGUCUAAAAGCUUCAACUCUGCUGUGUUUUAGUUUUUUUCUUUUGUUCUUAUUUGUAUAUUUUACACCCCUAUGCUGGGGUGACUGUUGGGCUGAAUGUAUUUUUUAUUAUUAUUUUCUUUUUAUAUUUUUUGUAAAUUGAAUGAUUUUUCUAUGGGUAAAUGGGUUAAUUGCACAGUUGAACAAAGGUAAAAAUCAUGCACAGCAUCAGUUUGCUUCAGUUUGUUCGGGUUUGGCUCAAAUUACUCUAUAAAACAAAGAUGUGAAUUAAGUUUUAUUUGAAAAUAAAUCAGUUUUUUUUGUCUUUAAUGCCUAAAAACCCCUGUUUGGAAAAAAAAAUCUAAAAGUUUUCCACAUUGUUAAUGAUGUGCAUUGAUAGUAGUAAACAGAGGGUCAUGACGGCAGUGAGCUUGCCUGUUCACAGGCUCAAAUGUGUAAAAUAAUUUGCAAACGAGGUACUGAUGUUAAAACACUCUUUAUAAAGCAGUAACCACACCGUCAAGGUUAUCAUGAAGCUGAUAUUCAGAUAUUGUAACACCUGGGAAAUCUCUGCACAUGUCAUGUUGAUAUAACAUCACUGUAGCCAUCUGUAAAUGUACAGUAACAGUCUUUUAAAAUAAUUAUGUAAAGAUUUAAAAUAAUUAUAUCAAUGCAAGCUGUGGAAUGCUAUUGCUGUAACUGUUUUAGUGAUGAUUGGUGCUAGGUUUUGGAUAUGAUGUAUUAUACAUAAGAAAGUCUUGUUUGUACAUGUAAGAUAAAGAUAAAUGUAUUUAAAUUGAAAUGAGUCAGGAGUUUUCUGUGAACCAAUCAUCACAGUAAUUAUCUCCUGGUCAGUCCAGUAAACAUGGGGCAAAAAUGUUGCAUUGACCUUUAAA